GUAACUGUUUCCUGUUAAAUGUCAGUUUGUGAAUAAUGUUAUGUGUGUCAAAGUUUUGUUGUUAUUACAUAUAAUUUCGAUAAUUACUGUGUGUUACAUAAAUUAACUCUUUUAUCAAUGGGAUUGUAAUCCCUUUUUGUACCAGAACUGAAAUAAUAGUGUUUUGUGAAGCGUGAAUUCUCGUAAAGGCAUAUUGAACGGAGAGGCCACCCUGUCAUGAUGCCGACCCAACUGAUGACCCAGGAUAACCAUCAGAACGAUGUACGAGUGAAGACGGUGUACAACGGUGACGUGAUGAUCACGUACAUCAACCACAAUAUCAACUUUGAGGAGUUCACGCAGGAGAUGGUGGCGAUAUGUCGGUUUUUGCCUGAUCAGGUAUUUACAAUGAAGUGGGUGGACGAGGAAGGCGAUCCGUGCACGAUCUCCACUCAGCUGGAGCUGGACGAAGCGCUGCGGCUCUACGAGAUCAACAGGGACUCCGAGCUCACUGUUCACGUUUUCCCGAAUGUGCCGGCCGCGCCGGGCAUGCCCUGUGCUGGCGAAGACAGAAGCAUAUACAGGAGAGGCGCUCGAAGGUGGCGAAAGCUAUACCGCGUCAAUGGACACAUCUUCCAGGCUAAACGGUUUAAUAGACGCGCAUUCUGUGCCUUCUGCCAGGACCGCAUCUGGGGCCUCGGGCGGCAAGGCUUCAAGUGCAUCCAAUGCAAGCUGCUGGUGCAUAAGAAGUGCCACAAGCUCGUGCAGAAGCCAUGCUCCAAUGAACACGUGGAUCCUAUUGAAGUUAAGGAUGAUGCUAAUGGAGAAAGCACUUUGGGAAGAGCGUCGUCUGUUCGGUCUCGUGCGGAGGUCGAGCCCCCGUUGCCGGAGACGCCGCCUGCGCCCGCGCCGGCGCCGCCGCGGCCCGAUGAUCUUGAGCCGGGCUCCCAGAGACAGUACUCUCUUGAUGACUUCGAACUCAUCAGGGUGAUUGGACGAGGGUCUUAUGCUAAGGUGCUGAUGGUAGAACUGAAGCGCACAAAACGCGUGUACGCCAUGAAGGUGAUCAAGAAGGCUCUGGUAACGGACGACGAAGACAUAGACUGGGUGCAGACAGAGAAGCACGUAUUCGAGACGGCGUCCAACCAUCCCUUCCUCGUGGGGCUGCACUCUUGCUUCCAGACGCCCAGUCGCCUGUUCUUUGUCAUCGAGUUCGUUAGGGGAGGGGAUCUCAUGUUCCACAUGCAACGGCAGCGGCGUCUGCCGGAGGAGCACGCGCGGUUCUACGCGGCCGAGAUCUCGCUCGCGCUGCACUUCCUGCACGAGCGAGGCGUCAUCUACCGCGACCUCAAGCUCGACAACGUGCUGUUAGACCACGAGGGACAUAUUAAACUGACCGAUUAUGGCAUGUGCAAGGAGGGUGUCCGACCAGGCGACACCACCUCGACAUUCUGCGGCACCCCCAACUACAUAGCUCCUGAGAUCCUUCGCGGCGAGGAGUACGGCUUCUCCGUGGACUGGUGGGCGCUGGGGGUGCUGACAUACGAGAUGCUGGCAGGAAGAUCACCCUUCGAUAUUGCGCAGGCGGCUGAUAACCCUGAUCAGAACACUGAGGAUUAUCUCUUCCAGGUGAUCUUAGAGAAAACGAUCCGUAUCCCCCGGUCCCUGUCGGUGAAGGCGGCGUCGGUGCUGAAGGGCUUCCUCAACAAGAACCCGGCGGAGCGGCUCGGCUGCGGCGACAGCGGCUUCCUCGACAUCGUCAGCCAUCCCUUCUUCAAGAGCAUCGAGUGGGAGAUGCUGGAGCAGAAGCAGGUGGUGCCGCCGUUCAAGCCGCGGCUGGAGGGCGAGCGUGACCUGGCCAACUUCCCGCCCGAGUUCACCGACGAGCCCGUGCAUCUCACGCCCGACAACGACACGGUGAUCGCGGACAUCGACCAGUCGGAGUUCGAGGGCUUCGAGUACGUGAACCCGCUGCUGAUGUCGCUGGAGGACUGCGUGUGACGUCACGCCUGUCUGCUGCACCCCUACCAUGAGCCCGAUCAGGCAUACGGCUACGGUGCAGAGUCGUCGUCAUCGGACUACGACAGCGUUUGCUCGGAGCUGCCGCCGCGCAAGCCCACGCUGCUGCAGCACAUGUUCUGUCUGCCGCUCAACUGACGACGCGACAAGCACGACAAGCACGACAAGCACGACACACGCGACAAACACGACAGGUACACACAGCCGCAGUAAUGUACUUGUCGCAUGUAAAAAACUUUGAUAGGUGCAACCAGCAUCAAUAAUUUGACACAUUUUUAACUUAGAUAGUUGACUAUUCUCAACUACAGUAAUGUAUGUAUUUGUCGCAAUUUUUUACUUCAUCAUCAUUAUCUGCCCUAAUCCCCAUUAUAUUUCGGGCAGGUGCAGCUGUGUUUUUCAAAUAAUACUACAAUACAAUUUUUUGGAUAUUGAACACAGUUAAUUCUCAUCUUUGCAAUGUUGUGUUGUACAGUUUUUAACGAAAAGCAGGCCCAAGUUCACCAAUAACAAACGUCAGCUUUCUUUUGAACAACUGUUUACUUGUUGUAUCAAAAAACUGUGUUUAUAUUGUCGAUGUACCUGGGCCUAAAUGACGGAAAUUGGCAACAUGUGCAAACCGUCAAGAAGCUAAUUUCAGUAUAGCACAGUUAUUUGUAAAACAGACCUCAACAUAGUCGGAAAGAGGCUCUAAGGAUCAUGAUUUGUAAAAACUGUAACAUGAAUUUUAACUAAAGUGUGUCUAUAUUAUUGUGGUUGACUGUACCAGCUUAGCGAUAAGUGAAGCCAUUGGUGAUAGGAUCUUGUUUUACUAAUAAUUAACUACUUCUAUAGUGUCGGCCUUCUAAAUUAGGUGACGUUUGUAAAGAUAUGACGCCUCGAAUUUAAGGCUUAUUAAAGUACCGUCAGAAAUUAAGAACAAAAAUUAAAUUUAAAAAUGGCUGUCAUAAAUUUUUGAUAUGGCAACAAAAUAUUGUAAUGUUGCCAUAAUCAAAAAUUUUACAGUAGGUUUUUUAAUUUGAUUUUGUGUGUGUAUUUUUGGCGGUACUUAAUUCUAUUGUUAAGAUUAAAAUUGUAAAUAAAAUAUACUUAUGUAUAAAAUUAAUAAAUAAAAUACCGCAUGAAAAGUUGCAUGCGUUUAGAGAUUCAAGGAUCAAGAUUGCUUGAAGUAUAAUGUUUGAUGGAUGAUCCUUGUGGCAUUACUAAAUUAGAAUAUAACAUUAGUAUAUAAAAUUGUAUUUAUAUAUACUACGACGCACAUAACGUGCCAAUUAUGAAAGCACAAGUAUUUAGGUGUCAAUGGCUUCACAAAUUCUCGCUAAAUUGUCAAAGAAAUGUAUAAAAUAUGUCGGUACUGCUUGUUGGCACAUUAAAAAUGUAAUUACAUAUGUUAAAACAGUGAUUUUAAGUCAUUGUUAUUAAGCUGUAUUGAACCACCGGCGAAAUUAAUAACAUUAUUUUUUAUUUUUUAACACGAACCUGUAGUAAUUUUGAAAAUAAUUCCGUAAAGUUUUACGUACAGAAUUUUAUGAGAAAAAUGAGUAUUGGUAAAGUAUUAUUUAAGUACACACACGAACUAAAUAUUCCGAAAAAAAAAACAAGAUGUAUUAAUUAUGACACAUUAUUUUAUCAUCCUAAGUAUUAUUAUUAACAUUCCACCAUAAAUCACUUAACAAUAUUAAAAAAAAAAAAACCACAUAGAUCUGAAUUUAUUUAUUGCUUAAAGGAAUUGAUGUCGACACAAUGCCACCAUGGAAGGAAUUUGUAAUAUUCUUCUACACAUUAAGUUACUUUAAAAGGCUAAAAGUGCUUGUAAAAUGUAGCCAAUAUUGGUGCUCGGUAAACCGCGGGUGUUUUGAACAACGCUUGAAACUCGGUCGGGAGCAGCGAACACACUUUCCUAUUAAUAAAAACUUAGCUCACUCUAAACCCCCACCUCGAGGGGCAUACGCUUCUGUACAUAAAUUAAAUAAACAAAAAUUCAUCUAUGUAUAAUAACUAUACGAGGAAAUAUAAUAAGACUUAAUAUUUUUGAAAUUAUUGUAUAGUAAGUUCAACUCAGUCUUGCGCGCGGCCUUAUGUGUGGGUAACCCUUGUACAUAUACAGUGACUUUGUGUGCGUGACAAGAGGUACAGUCGGGUACAAAUAAAGUUAUUUAGGGGUUGUAUAAGGCUGUUUAAAGAAAAUCAGUUAUUACGUAAUUUAAUGUUUAUUUAUUUAUAAUGAUUCUGAAUCGCUACUUGAAAAAUAAAUGAUGAAUUUUCAGAUUCGCUACUCUCACCAAGGUCAAUUAUAAAUUUUGACUCCAUGUCAAAAUGUCUAUAGUAUUUGGUUUUUCUUUUGUACAUGUCUACAGGUAUUACCCAACACCCCUUCAUCAGUUUGAAUUAAACGUUCAUUUAUGAGUUUCAUUAUUUCCGUCUUAUUUUGGUCGACAUUAUGCGAAGCAAUAUAAUUUUAAAAAAUUCCCCAUACAUUUUGUUUACAUUAUUAUACUAGAUUAUACGUCUUUUUACAUUCUUAGUCCACACUUUUAUUUAUUGUCCGCGUACCCCGAGCUAGAAAAUAUGUAAGAAGUAUUUAAUUCAUCUUAGAUAUUUCACCUCAUUUAUUUCUUAGAUACUGUCAAUGUCAAUUUGAAAAAACGUAUGAGAAAAUAAUGAAAAACUGUAAAAUGUAAUAAUAAAAAGCUUUGAAUGUUUCAUUUUUUGAAACGCUACCUGACUCCUUAAACAUUUUCUCCGUGAAGAACUAGACAUUUUCGUAAACGACUGUACCCAUAACAAAAAGCGAUAAGAACACGUCAUCCUCGGACGACGUCACUGUCACACGAAUGAAAGUUGUAUAUUUACAAGCCGACGCACACAUAGGGCCGCGCGCAAAUCUGAGUUGAACUAUCUAUAGUAGUCUAUCUAAUUACCUUUCUGAGAGGAAGAUGACGGUUCUACGACUCUGUCGUACACCGUCACGGUUUCUAUCAAAUCAUUGUUUUUUGAGCAAUAAAAUAUAUAGUAGUAUUAUUGUAUUGUAUUGUAAUUAUGCGAGACAGGUGAACUGCUCAAUCAAAGCACGUAAGGAAUUAAAAGUAGUUGAAAAAUUUUGAUGGCCGACCGGUCUCACCGAUACUUAUAGCCCUUAUCAAACAUUAGUGUAUACCCUAGUUAUCUAGGCAUAAGCUAGAUUCGUAGCUAUGAUAUGCGAGGAAUGGCGCGUGACAUGAAAAAAUACAUAAGCUAUCAAGCUUUUGGAACUUAAUUUUGAACCCUCAAUUGUACAGCUGUCGUAUGUUGUUGGUGUUAAAAAAUGUUGAUUUAAAAAGUCAGUCUUUUUGUUGAAUUUAUAAAAACUUGUAAAUAAAACAGAACAUGCUGCGCGCCAUUGUACCGCUAUUAUAAUACAAUUAAUGGCACAGAAAGUGACCCAUCUCUCGACGUAUUAUUUAACCAGAAUUCUUCAAUUGUUCCUUAAGCUGGUAGCUUUCCGUGCCACUAAGUGUAUGAUAUAUUCCAUUCCCUAUUGUAGAUUCUGUUGUCCUUCAUAGCUAAUCACCACUCGUUUAGGUAGCCAACGAAUUUUAUAAUAAAAAAAAACAUAUAAUAUUGAGCACUGAGACAAAUUUAAAAUUGUGUACAUUAUAAACAAAUUAAUAUGAAAAAAAAACUCGUAAAAUACAUCGGUUAUUAUAUAAUAUAACAAAUUAUUGUUAAUGUAGAAGAAAAGACUUAUUAUAUAAAGAUUAUCGAUCGUAAUGUGUGGUUCGCGUGGCAGAGAGCUCAAGUCCACAAACUAUUCUAAAUAGUGCGUAGUAAGUACCUAUCUAUUAGACAUUUUGCACCGAUAUUAUAUUAUACAUAGUUGUGACGCGGUGUCGCGCUACAUGUGUUGUCGCCCAUAUUCCUGUACUACGUGUGCGUUGCAAGUCAGAUGAUGUCCGUGCUGUUGCGUUGUUGUCGCGGCGCCUCGCCGGCUGCCUGCAUAGGUUUCUUUGUAUAAUUUAUAUCGUUAAGUAUUUAAUUAUUGGUAAGCGACAGUAUUGUGGUACUAUUAACGCUUUAGGUGUAAUUAGUUAACAUUCCAUGUAUCUGGGGCUACCCUGGCAUCACAGCGAAUACGUUUGCAUUGUUACAAUAUGUUCUCAUGUUUUGUCAUUUUAAAUAAUAUUAUCGAUUAUAACGACACGUUGUAUUGUCAAACGUUAAGUUUGAAUUCUAUUAUGAUAAAUGUUUUAUUACCAAAAAUUUUGUAAUGUGUAUAAAAUCUUACUAACUGCAUGACAAGUGACAUUUUAACAAUUAUAAUUAGUUAUAAGAGGAAUUGUUAAACAGUUACAUUUCGCAACUUAGAACAAAACUAUGUAUCUUAGUUUUAAUUAUUUUUAGUUGAUCGCAUGUAAUAUUCCCCGUUUGCGGUAAGGAAUCAUAAAACAUAGGUUUUUACAUAAAGUAUGUUGAUUUAUUGUAUUUAAUUUCGGCCGUAUUUACUUGUAUUGUGAAACACCAAUAAAUGUAUGUUACUUAAAGAUUUCAUUGUGAAGUACUUGGUGCGUGAUUGAGACAUACUGUCAAAUUAGACUGGAGAAAUUGGGAUACUGUAACUAUUCUAUGCUUAACUGAAAAUAAAGAAGAUUAAUCAGAA